UACCAGCCAACGGGGAUUUGGACAUUACCAGCGGUUAUUACAACAACAUUACAUUACCAGAAAAAUCGACACAACACAACGACAAUGGUUUUUUUUCUUUAAAGAGAAAAGAUUCCUUCCUCUCACUAAAGAAGUUUCCUUCUGGCUUUCUACUUCUCUUCAUUGUCCCGUUUCCUUUCCCUUCCUUUUAUCAAAUUUAGGGUUCCCUUCAUUUUAAUUGAUUUAUUACUUAAUUUUUUUUUGCAACUCAAUCUUUGUGAGACCAAAAUCAUCGUUUUCUCCAAAUGGGUCUUUGGGAUUCUCUUCUCAACUGGCUCCGGAGUUUAUUCUUUAAACAGGAAAUGGAGCUGUCCCUUGUAGGCCUUCAGAAUGCAGGGAAGACAUCCCUUGUUAAUGCAGUCGCUACCGGAGGGUACAGUGAGGACAUGAUUCCAACUGUUGGAUUCAACAUGAGGAAAGUUACAAAAGGUAAUGUGACAAUAAAGCUCUGGGAUCUUGGAGGGCAGCGGAGAUUUCGUACCAUGUGGGAGCGUUACUGUCGUGGGGUCUCUGCAAUUCUAUAUGUAGUUGAUGCCGCUGAUCGAGACAGUGUUCCCAUAUCUCGAAGUGAAUUACAUGAACUCCUUCAAAAACCUUCCUUAAGUGGAAUCCCUUUGCUUGUUCUUGGUAACAAAAUUGACAAGUCCGAAGCACUAUCAAAACAGGCAUUGGUUGAUCAGCUAGGUCUUGAUACUAUUACCGAUAGGGAGGUUUGCUGCUAUAUGAUCUCAUGCAAGGACUCGAUAAACAUAGAUGUUGUCAUUGACUGGCUUAUCAAGCACUCGAAAACGGCAAAAUGAUCUGCUGUUUGGCCUUUAUCUUAAGCCUGGCAGUAGAAAUGAUGAUAUAGUGGUUGGUAGUGGAAUUUAUUUCCUCCAUCUGGUUGUGGUUGUGCUUAAAGCAUUGUGUACAGUUGUGGAACAAUUUAGGCAAUUUGUUCAUGCAAUAUUUGUUUAUUUUUCUGAAUUUAGGUAAGCAUGUUUGUUUUAUCAAAUUUUACAUAAUUUUCUUAAUAAUAUGUAUCAGUUAAAAAUUUCAUUGAAUAUUAACUUUCAUUAUCACCA